AGAGAAACAGAAAAGAGUCUGUUUCUGUGAAAGAGGAAACGACUGCGGGCUAAAGGCGGGAGCAACUCUACACGGCUCUGUUUUUCGUGAAGCCGUAUAUUCUUCUUGCCUGAAAUCAGCUGUUUUGAGGUGGGGGCCAGCCGGGAAGACCUGAACUGACCCCCGCGUUUCCACUCUGCAGUGAGCUACCUGGUGGGUCUGUCACCUGCCCCCCAUGCCUUUGAGAAACUCGCACCCAUGACUGAGGGGAGGAUGAAAGGAUAUUUGGACCAGCAAGUGCCUUACACUUCUGCACAAAAACCAUCAGGGAAUGGAACUUUGGAGAGCAGAUCUGUGAUGGCUUCACGGAGAAAAUCCAUGGACCCAGGGAUGCCCCAUGUCCCAGAUUCAGAAGAUCUCUUCCUUGAUCUAAACCAGUUUCAGGAAACUUGGCUGACUGAAGCACAGGUUCCGGACAGUGACGAGCAAUUUGUGCCUGACUUCCAUUCAGAGAACGUGGCCCUUCACAGCCCUCCAGCUAAGAUAAAAAAGGAACCUCAGAGCCCAUGUGUGGAUCCUUCCAGUUCCUGCAGACACAGACAGCCUUUUCAAUACCAACCCAGGGAGCCAUGUUUAUAUGCCAGGCAAGAUUCAAACCAUGUGAGCCACCACGGCCCACCCCAGACUGCGCCUGGCCAGGCAUACUGUAUGGAACACAGUUCGUUGUACCAACUGCACGCUGAGACGGGCCAAUCCUUCUCUGCUUCUCAAGCCUUGGUAUCAGACACCCCUUCCAUUUAUCAGCGUCCAUGGUCGGCCCCAUGCCUGCCAUAUCCCCCUCAGGGCUUCAAACAGGAGUUCCACGACCCCAUGUAUGAGCAGGUGAACACGCUGGGGGACAUGGGCAGUUCCCGGUACGCAACUGGCGUGGUGAUAAAACAAGAGCAGAUGGACUAUGCUUUUGACACAGCGAUACCUCCAGCCAGGAACCCUGGGGCUGUGAGUUUUGACCAGCCGUCCCUAACCUUGUGCCUUCCAGAGGUGGUGGUCUACGACUCUCAGCACCCUCAUAUUCUGGUAGGAGAUGAUGGCACUCAUAACUCAGUGUAUCUGGAAGAUGUGCCAAGCUGCCAUUCAAUGUAUAUGAAUGUGGAAGGACUCCCAAGUUGUUCCAGCUCUGAAGGCACAUUAGGGUAUGGUUAUGAGAAGCAAAUGCGACCAUUUGCAGAUGAUGUUUGUGUGGUUCCUGAGAAGUUUGAAGGGGACAUUAAGCAAGAAGGAAGUGGAUACCGUGAGGGCCCCCCUUAUCAACGGCGGGGGUCUCUACAGCUUUGGCAAUUUCUGGUGGCUUUGCUAGAUGAUCCAAACAACUCCCAUUUUAUUGCCUGGACAGGCCGAGGGAUGGAGUUCAAACUCAUUGAACCGGAAGAGGUGGCACGACUUUGGGGCAUCCAGAAGAAUCGUCCAGCCAUGAACUAUGACAAGUUGAGUCGUUCCCUUCGUUACUAUUAUGAAAAAGGCAUUAUGCAAAAGGUGGCUGGUGAGCGUUACGUGUACAAGUUUGUCUGUGAGCCUGAGGUGUUGUUCUCCCUUGCCUUUCCUGACAAUCAGCGUCCAUCCCUGAAGGCUGAGUUGGAGUGGCACGUCAGCGAGGAAGAUACAGUUCCUCUGUCCCACUUGGAUGAAAAUGCUGCCUACCUGGCAGAUCUGGGAGGGGCCCAGCCUUAUGGAAAAGGCUGCACAUACUAGCCAGCAAUAGAAUGGACAGUUCACAUCGGGGCGAGUUGUG